AUGUAGUAAUUUGUGGACGAUGUUUAACAAAUCCCUUAAAUAAUUACUUGACAUUAGCUCUAACUAUUUGAUCUAUCUCCGUUCCCUACACCAACCUUUCUGUAUUUCUGACCUUUCUCCAGCUCAAUUUAAUCAUAAAAAUGUUCUUAUAAUUUCCCAAAAAUGCUAAUUUCAAAUUUACUUCCUGACAUUUGAAUUGAUAAUUGCUAAUUGAAUUUUAGGAAAUUGGAAACCCUAGAUCUCAGCUACAUUUCUGCGAUCGAUUUUUCGAAGUUCAUUUUAGGGUUUGAAUAUUCUUGGUGGAUUUUAGAUCCACUGGUUCAAUAUGCCGGUGGCAGCUUCUGCAAUAUACUUCUUGAAUCUUCGUGGUGAUGUUCUUAUCAAUCGCCUCUAUCGCGACGAUGUCGGGGGCAACAUGGUUGAUGCAUUUCGGAUGCAUAUUAUGCAAACGAAGGAACUCGGUACUUGUCCUGUGAGGCAAAUAGGAGGCUGCUCCUUCCUUUAUAUGAGAAUCAGCAAUGUGUACAUUGUAAUUGUUGUCAGCAGCAAUGCUAAUGUUGCUUGUGCUUUCAAAUUUGUUGUUGAGGCUGUGAAUCUUUUCAAAUCAUACUUUGGCGGACAAUUUGAUGAAGAUGCUAUUCGUAAUAAUUUUGUCCUCAUAUACGAGUUGCUAGAUGAAAUUAUGGAUUUUGGUUACCCACAAAAUCUUUCGCCAGAAAUUUUGAAGCUUUACAUCACUCAGGAGGGAGUACGUUCACCAUUCUCAUCCAAGCCUGCCGAUAAACCAGUGCCAAAUGCAACGUUGCAAGUAACAGGUGCUGUUGGCUGGAGAAGAGAAGGUCUCAUGUACAAAAAGAAUGAGGUGUUCCUAGAUAUUGUAGAAAGUGUCAAUCUUCUUAUGUCUUCGAAAGGUAGUGUGCUGCGUUGUGAUGUUACUGGAAAGAUUCUUAUGAAGUGCUUUCUCUCUGGAAUGCCUGAUUUGAAGCUGGGAUUAAAUGAUAAAAUUGGUCUUGAAAAAGAGUCACAGUUGAAAGCACGUCCAGCAAAAAGUGGGAAGACAAUUGAGCUGGAUGAUGUAACCUUCCACCAAUGUGUUAAUUUGACAAGGUUCAACUCAGAGAAGACUGUCAGUUUUGUCCCUCCAGAUGGUGAAUUUGAAUUAAUGAAAUAUCGUAUAACUGAGGGUGUGAACCUGCCCUUUCGAGUAUUGCCAACAAUCAAGGAAUUGGGUAGGACACGAAUGGAAGUGAAUGUCAAGGUUAAGAGUGUUUUCGGUGCGAAGAUGUUUGCUCUGGGAGUUGUGAUUAAAAUACCAGUUCCCAAGCAAACUGCUAAAACAAGUUUCCAAGUGACAUCUGGUAGAGCAAAGUAUAAUCCAAGCAUCGAUAGCUUGGUCUGGAAAAUAAGAAAAUUUCCUGGCCAGACGGAGUCAACCUUAAGUGCUGAGGUAGAGUUGAUUUCUACUAUGGGUGAGAAAAAGUCCUCGACAAGGCCACCAAUUCAAAUGGAAUUUCAGGUUCCUAUGUUCACAGCAUCAGGGUUACGUGUUCGUUUUCUCAAGGUAUGGGAGAAAAGUGGGUACAAUACUGUUGAAUGGGUUCGCUACAUAACAAAAGCUGGUUCCUAUGAGGUUAGGUGUUAAAUUCAAUUGAAGUUGGCGGUAGGACUUGGCACAAAGGAGACCUUUUUUCUUUGAGCGCUUUGUAGAGAUUUUCAGGAGGUUAACAGCUGGAUGUUCCAAACUAAUUCAUGGCAAUAGUAACUCUCAAGUUCAUGUUGCCCCCUGUCUGGCUAAUCUUCUGCGCGUUGCUCUCCGGGAAUGUUUAUUAUGUUGCCUCUUUGCAUCAUCGUCAAAUCCUUUCCCCCCCCUGUAUUUUAGUAAUUCAGUCUUUGAUAGCAUAGUAUGUUGAUAUGAUUAUUUGCAUUUUAUAGUGUGGAAAUGAUAUGUCUUUUAUGUAAAGAAUAAUUUUCAGAUUUAUGGUACGGGAAGUGCAGAGUUUUGAAUUUGUAUCUGUGUACGGGGAGAUUCUCUCCACAUUGAAAUUGAUUGCUUAAUUUGAUCAUUUUGAGGUUCAGGUUUA